GCAAAAUAUUCUUCCAACUUGGACACUAUUGGAUUAGAUACACAUUCAUUGACCACUAACAUGUUUCUCUUUUGUUCUUCAAUAGUAUACAUAAACCUCAUUACCAAAUAUAUUUCAUGUUCCAAUUCAUCAUUUCUUAGGAAAAUCUUGUUAUGGAGAUGAAUUCAAAUCCUAGUGUUUUGUUUGAGACAGAGUACGAGGAUGAUGUUUUUUAUGCAGAGAUUAAGAGACAGAUUCUGUUGUUGACAUCUGAAGAGAAUGAAGAUUUUGUUGAAACUAGAAGUGUUAAUGUUACUAAUGAUGGUUCAAAUUACAGCUUUAGUAACGGUUUAAUAACACCGACAAGAAAAUUCUAUUUGUGGGAAACGGAAUCGCCGCCGAUUUGGCUAGUGAAUUUGUGGAGGAAUGGUAAAGGGACUGGAGUGUUUAUUCCCCAAGUUUCAUGCAGAGAAAACCAUAAACCAGAGAGAAUGAACAAUAGGAGGAGGAGGAAAACCUAUAGACCAGUGGUGAAUAAGAAAUGAAGAAGUAUAUGAUGAAGAAAUUUGUAUUUAGUGAAAUUUGAACAUUGUAUAGCUUGCUCGUUAUAUAGUUUAUGAAUCAUGAUGAUUCAUUCAAAGAAAAUGUGAUGGAAAAUAAGAGAGAAUAGGUUGUGCAAAAUUAUCUUUCAUGAUAUAUCAAUGUACAUA